GUCGGGGACGCCAGGCCUAGGCUUUUGCUAGGGAACCGACUGUUGUCGUCCCGCCCCCUCGGGGCUUUUUGUCCCGUUAACUGUCGGAGUGGAGGGGCCUCCAGCGCCCGGAGCCAUGCCGGUGCGCUUCAAGGGACUGAGUGAAUACCAGAGAAACUUUCUGUGGAAAAAGUCAUAUUUGACAGAUUCCUAUAAUGCCUCGGUGGGACGAAGAUACCCAUGGGCUGGACUUAGAUCAGAUCAACUAGGGAUCACCAAAGAGCCAAGUUUUAUUUCCAAAAGAAGAGUCCCUUACCAUGACACACAGGUUUCAAAAUCUCUGGAGUGGAAUGGAGCUAUCUCAAAGAAUGAUGUGAUUGUAUCACCAGAACCUAAAGUCCCAGAAAUACCAAAAUCACAAGAGAUGAAACAAAACAAUGUAAACCAAGAAAAAGUUCUCUCACUAGAGGGCUCCAGGGUUCCCAAGAGAACCAGAUCUCAUUCUGCAGACUCCAGAUCUGAAGGAGCUUCAUGUGCUGUGGAAAAGAACGAGGAUGUAAUAGCAAACCAUGUAUCGGUUAAUGAAAAUGUGGAACUGGAACAUUCUACCAAGCUUCUUUCCGAAAAUGUAGAUGAUGGGGUGGAUAGACUUCUACGUAAGAAAGCUGGAUUGACAGUUGUUCCUUCACAUAAUGCCUUGAGAAAUUCUGAAUAUCAAAGGCAGUUUGUUUGGAAGACCUCUAAAGAAACUGUUCCAGUGUUUGCAGCCAAUGAGGGUUUCCACAAUAAAGCCCAAUUUGUUCCACAAUUCAAAGGUAAUUCAAUUGUCCAUGAAACUGAAUACAAAAGAAAUUUCAAAGGUUUAUCUCCAGUGAAAGAACCAAAAUUAAGAAACGAUUUGAAAGAAAACGAAAAUCUUGAAACAGUAUCUCCUGAAAAGAAGUGUAAUAAAACAGAUGAUCUUUUAAAAUUAGAAGCAGAGAUGGCAUCGAAGGACUCAAACCAGCCUAAAAAGAAGCUUGCUCCUUGGAGACAUCAGAGGCUUGGGAAGGUGAAUUCUGAGUAUAAAGCAAAAUUUCUGAGCCCAGCUCAGUAUUUAUAUAAAGGUGGAGCUUGGACAUGUGCGAAGGAAAAUGUGCCAGAUCAGGGUUCUCUAAAUGCCAUGUGGUAUGCAGAGGUUAAAGAACUCCGAGAGAAGGCUGAGUUUUAUAGGAAACGAAUUCAGGGAACACAUUUUUCUCGGGACCACCUGAAUCAGAUUCUGUCUGAUAAAAACUGCUGUUGGGAUGUCUCCUCAACCACAAGCUCGGAGGGAACCAUUAGUAGCAAUAUCAAAGCCUUAGAUCUUGCAGGAGAUCCUACAGGUCAUAAGACUUUGCAGAAGUGUCCUGGUACAAAACCAGAAGAAAAAAGAGACAUCUUGGAAGAACAGCCCCAGAAAAAUACCAUGGAGGAAAUGGGCAUGUCAGAUGCUCCCACCAUGCCUGUUAGAAGGCGGCUGGCUUGGGACGCAGGGAAUACUGGUGAAGACAUAGAGAAACAGCCCAGCGGGGAGAAAGAACAGGAAGAGGAAAGGGGAAGAGACAAACAGGUAUAUAUGGGAGAGCCAGAGAAGAUGGAAGUGCACGAGGCAUCUAAGGCAGACAAGAUAAAAGAAGGGUCGGGUUCUUCUGUAUGCUCAGGAAAUGGAGGUAGGCUUCCUACUCCAAAGCUGAGAGAACUUGGUGGAAUCCAACGGACUCAUCAUGAUCUUACUACUCCAGCUGUUGGUGGAGCUGUUUUAGUGUCCCCAUCUAAAGUGAAGUCUCUAGUCCCAGAGCAGAGGAGAAAAAUGUCCUCUCAGGAUUGUUUAGAAACUUUGAAGAAUGAUUUUACUAAGAAAGGAAGUCAUGCUCUAUCCCUACUGACUUCUCCUGCUGCUGGUAUAAAAACAAUUGAUCCUCUGCCUUUGCGGGAAGAUUCUGAAACUAAUCUCCCUAAAUUUGCUGAGACAGCACUUCCGGUUUCAAAAACUCCAGAAUAUCCCACAAACACUCCCAGACAGUUGCCUUCUCCAAUGGGUGUUCCCUCCUACUGGCAUCCUGCUCGUCGAAUUCAGGGCUCCCUGAGAGAUCCAGAAUUUCAGCAUAAUGCGGGGAAAGCAAGGAUGAAUGAUUUCCAGUUACCUCAACAUGAAGGCUUUCAUGAUGAAGAUGAGGACAGAUUGUCUGAGAUUUCUGCUCGCUCUGCUGCGUCUAGCCUUCGGGCUUUUCAAACUCUGGCACGAGCUCAGAAAAGGAAGGAGAAUUUCUGGGGCAAAGCAUAAACCUUGUUUUUAUCUAGGGAACCACUGGCAUAAUUUUUCUUUAUUGCUCACUGUGUUUAGAUUUUUUGAGUAUCUGAAUUUUCUUCUGACAUUUCCAGCUUAAGUGAGUUGAUUUGUCAAUAUUCAUUUUACUUGGAAAAUUUUAACACGUGCUUAUACAAAUUUAGCUCUUAAAAAUUCUUUUACAUCAAUCCCAAAAUUCGAAGACAUAGAUUAUAUAGUUCUUCACAUGUUCUGUCAUUUGUGUUAGAUGUCAAGGAUUGCUGGUGAAUUAUGACUUUCACCCAUCCAGAGAAUAAGCUAAAGAAAUAAAGUGAAAAUUAAGAUUCCAGUAUGGAGUACACAUUCCCCUAAGAUUGGUUUUAUGUGUCUUUAUAAUUGUAGAUGUUGUAAAAUGAAUUUGUUGUCCUUUUAACUUUUGUUUUAGUGUUUCUAUAUGUGGUUGCAGUGUUAUUUAAGGUAAUUGUACUUUGAAAAUACCAGCUGUAUAUAUUUUUCUUAUUUAUAUGACAAAGUUUGCUGAGAGAAUAUGUAUAUUUUUGAUCUUUGUGUGUAUUCUAUUUGUAUAACAACUUUGGCUUACAUUUAAUAAUGUCUGGGUUUUGAAAAAUUAUUUGUAUAAUGGAGAAUUAUAACUUUGUAGACAUUUUGAAAUAAAAAUUGAUCAAGUGUG